ACGCCCAGCAAAAGGACGGAAGUCUUCCAUCACUUCAUUAGGUGAAAAAUCAUGCAGACAUCUUUUCAUCAAAGACAUGUCUGCAAGUGGUGUUUCAGAGAAAAUUGAAAAGAUAGCUGAGGGUGACUCUAAAAAUAAUAGUAUAAGAGCUAAUGAAGACGAGCAAGAGGAAGAGGGGUUAAAUGUCAAAAAAUCAUUGCAAGAAAGUGAUUUAAAUGCCUGGUUAGAAAAGGGUGCUAUAUUGGAGCAUGGAAUGGAUUACUCACCAGAACAGCAGGUGCAUUUGAUCAAGCAUAUGUCCCUAAACAGCCCUUUAGGUGACAAUAUACCUACUGCAAUCACACCCAUUGGUUCCCCUCAUAUGGAUCCCUGGUCAUCUCCAAUAUCUAGUUGCUCUGGGUGUUCCUCCUGUGUUUCCUCGGAAGUGGAAUCUCCAUUGCUAUUUCAGGUGAAGGCAGCCAGUCAGACCAUAGAGUCCAGUGGAGAAGAUUUUGAUGUGGACUUGCCACUGACAGAAGAGGCAGUAUGUAAUAUGCCAUAUAUCAGCUCUCCUGCCAGAGAGUCAAGUGAUGUGACAGAAGUAAAAAAACAGCAGCAGGGAGAAGAGACACAAACUGAAGAGAAAAAGGAUAUGGAAAGCAUUUUUGAGACAAAUAGCCCAAAACCAGAGGGCAGUAGCCUUCCUAUACCAAUACCAUCCACUAACUUGAAUACAGGCACACACAAGUUUCUGAGCCCAGUGAAGGACCCUAGUUCUCUUGGUUCUCUUGGUGAUGAAUGUAAGGUCUUGAAGCUAGAGACGAACAUCACUGUCUCAAGUUUUGGUAGCACAUCAAGCAACUGGACUGCAAUCAGCGGAAUCAGUCCACUCCCCUCGAGCCUUACUAAUUCCCAUCACCACCACCACCAUAAACAUCACCAUCACCACCACCACCAUCACCAUCAUCACCACCACCAUCACCACCAUCAGCAUCCUAAUAGUAACCUUAAUCAUCAGCAGUUGGAUCAAAGUAAAGAUGUACUUGUCACAAGUACUCCAAUAAACAAGAAGAUAACAUUAGAUGUGAUGGAUUUGUCUGCUGUAACAACAAACCCUGAUCAAGAAGAAUCUCCUUACCUGAUGCCCAGAGAAUCUCGGUUUGUCUACUCCUCAGAACUCAAGUUCAUGGAUACACUGUAUUCACAAGGAAGCAUAAUGGAGAUGGACUCACGAGGGGAAGACAUAGGACUAUCACAGCCAUCAGGGACACCACUGUCAGGAAGUGACAAGGAAAAUAUAGCACCUAGCAGUGCCCCAUGCUCAGUCAGCCACUCUGGACCAGAUCCUAGUGCCAUUGCAGAUAAAGCACAAGCUGGAAAUAAGCAGACUGACCUCAAUGAAAAUUAUUUGGAAUAUGGGCUCUCCAGAGGUAAUAUGGAUAGCCUUCCAAACAGAGUGUUUCUUGACAGUCCAAUUUUAGGAAAAGAUAUGUUAAAG